CCACAUUGUACGAACAUUCCAUGUACCUAAAUAAAUGGUUUCUCUGGUUGUCAAAAGGGGCAUCGGCCUCGUAACUUCCGAAUGGACUCGGCUUUCAUCAUGAGGCGUCAUAGUUCUUCUAAAUGAAAACCUUCUGAUUCACAGGGCAGAGUUUAAAAGGUUCGAAUAAUUUUUUCUGGUUAGCGUUUUUUUAGCGAGUUAGUUUUCUACGGGAUGGGGACGCAAACCCCAUGCGCAACCUUUCUCCUUUAUCCGGGCUUGGGACCGGCAGUAGCCCCUGGGGGCACUCCAGGCGGAGUUAAGUUUAAGCUCUUAGCUGUAUAUUUUUAAUGAGACUAUAUGAAUUCAUUUUGUCUGAGGUUAUGUUUCUUUUGUGGUUUGAGUAAUGACUCGUCCACUUAAGUGUAUUAUACGAGACACUUCUAACCUGUGACUCCAUGUACGGAGUUUUAUUUCAUAAGCCACAGUAUAUAUGUUUGAAAGAAAAGACUACUAAUGAAACAAAAUUCACACUUUUAUGUGUUUAGUUUUGACCGAGAAAGUGGAAUGGCAUCUUGCUAGAUAUUCUCAAAUGAUGUUAGUUACUCGAAAAUUCCUCUAACUCUUCAAAUAGCUACAAUUUGCAGUCAUAAUUUCAUAUGAACUCUACAAAUGGCAUGUUUUUAGUUGAUCAACAAAACUAAUUCUGUUAAUUUUCGAAAUUGUAUUGAACGGUGAUGAUUCGGAUUUCAGAGAAAAAAACGUACUGGAUGCUCCUGUUUUAUGAUAGCUUUGCAUUAAGACAUUGGUUUCGUGAAGGAUUUCGGGGAACAGUAUAUCUUGGAGUGCCACUCUUAAUGCUUAUUUUGGGCAAUAUGCCAUCUACGCCAGAAUAUGUUCAUAAUAUGGUGAGAGAUCGUUAUUUAAAGUCAACAGGAGAUGAUAUAGGUGAAUUCAAUGCUAGACCUCCAGUGAAGCCGAUUGAUUAAAUAUGAUGCAUGUAGUUUUCUUCUUGUAUCAUUGUAAAAUGGAAAGGGUGACCGGUAAACUUAGUCGGUAGGAAUGUGCGUUUUCACCUAAUUAAAACUAAUUCUUUAAUCUUCUAUUAUGAUGUAUGUUUGAUGUACAGAGAAUCUGUAGAAAUAGAAUAAAAAAUUAUUUUCAUUUCGUAUUUUUUGAUUUUUUUCACUAGCUGUUGUAAAUUUUGAGGAAAUAUCCGUUUACGUUAAUAUUUAGUCAAUUUAGUCUUUUAACUAUUCGCAUAUAUUAUCAUGUAGAUGUAGGAGAUAUCUUUCACGAUGUGGAUCAGACAGUUUAUCAGUAUAUAAAACGAAUAGAGAAAUUCUUUUAUUAUUAUUAUUAUUUUUAUUAUUAUUAUCAGCUUUAUUCAAUAUUAUAUUUUUGGUACAAUCUAGAAUUCUCAGCGCAAAGUAUUUCAAGAAGUUUCCGUUUCUUUCUUCUUGGUCGGUCCUGGCGAUAAAUAUCGAGUAAUCGCCAGUUAGAUGUUAGCAGUUCAGUAAAUGAACAUCUGAAUAAUGUGCAUUCUUCUCGUUGUAUAUUGCCAGCAACCACGUAGUCUCUU